AUGUCUGGAGAACCGUUUGUUGUAAGUGCGCCUGGUAAGGUGAUUAUAUUUGGUGAACACUCCGCGGUCUAUGGUAAGCCUGCUAUAGCCGCAGCCUUGAGUUUGAGAGCCUACCUUCUCGUGACACCAUCUGCAGAUGAGAACGCGAUUCUGUUGGACUUCCCAGAUAUCGGACUCUCCCAUACUUGGAAGAAGGAUGAAUUACCAUGGGAGGAAGUAAGGAAAUUUGUCACUUGUGUCAAUGGACGUCCACAAGUUACCGAUGAACUUAUCCCGGAGAUAAUUGAUCAGUUGAGCGAAUCUUUAGCUGAUCUUGAUACCACGCUCCACUACACUGCUUGUCAUUGUUUCCUCUAUUUGUACAUGAACCUCUGUAACAAAGAUACUACUGGUAUGUCCUUUAGUGUCAGAUCCACAUUACCAAUUGGAGCCGGUUUAGGAUCGUCUGCAUCAACUGCUGUGUGUCUUGCCUCAUCUCUUUCUAUUCUUGGUGGUCAUGUAAAGGAUGCCAACGUGGAAUACGACCAAAAAGUUUCGUUGAAGGAACAUUCUGAUUCUGAUUUCAUUGAUGCUUGGUCUCUAAUGGGAGAGAAAUGUUUCCACGGUAACCCUUCUGGAAUUGAUAAUGCAGUGGCUACCCAUGGUGGUGCUGUGAUGUUCCAACGUAUGUCCAACCCUGCACAACCAUCAGUACGUACAUCUAUGAGAAACUUCCCACCCAUUAAAUUGUUGUUGACCAACACUAAGGUACCUAGAAGUACUGCUGACUUGGUGGGAAACGUAGCACGUAUUAAUAAUGAAUUUUCUAAGACUUCCAAUAGCAUUCUUGAUGCUAUGGGACACUUGGCUAAUGAAGCGUACCAACUUAUGAUUAGACCAGUAUUUGGAUCUUUAGAAAGAGAAAAACUCAGAGAGCUUGUUAAUAUCAAUCAUGGUCUUUUGGUUGCCUUUGGCGUAUCACACCCUAGUUUAGAGAAGAUAAAGAUCAUUUCAGAUCUCAAGUGUCUUGGAAGCACAAAGUUAACCGGUGCUGGAGGAGGUGGUUGUGCCAUCACUUUAGUUAACGAUGGAGUUUCAGAAGAAAAAAUAUCUGAAGCUAUAACUGAAUUCGAAAAGGAAGGUUUUGAAACAUUCGAAACUUCUUUGGGAGGUAAGGGUGUAGGUGCAUUGUAUUUCAAACAAGUUGAAGAAGAUCAAAGAUCAAAGGUUUUUGACCGUGAAUUAUUUUCAGGUUUCAAGAACCGUGAAGAAAUCAUUGCUGGACUUGGAAUUGAUGCCCAACCUGGAUGGAAAUUUUGGUGA